GCAGAAAUCAAGUACAGCCCCAAGAUUCGAAGAUGCCACCCAAGGGAAAAAGCCAUUCCAGGAAAGGGGGGAAAGGGAGAGCAGCCUUUGGGAGUGACAGUUCUGACAAGAAGGCUCAGGAUCCCAAAGGUAGUGGCAAUGCAGUAAAGGUCAGACACAUUCUGUGUGAAAAACAUGGGAAAAUCAUGGAAGCCAUGGAAAAGUUGAAGUCUGGAAUGAGAUUCAAUGAAGUGGCCAUACAGUAUAGUGAAGAUAAAGCCAGGCAAGGGGGUGACUUGGGUUGGAUGACCAGAGGUACCAUGGUGGGACCAUUUCAGGAAGCAGCAUUUGCCUUGCCCAUAAGUGGGCUGGAUAAGCCUGUGUUUACAGACCCUCGGGUUAAGACAAAAUUUGGAUAUCAUAUUAUUAUGGUUGAAGGGAGAAAAUAAAAUUGUACGCAAGACUGAAAAAAAAAAAAGAA